AUGGGAUUUUAUUUAUUUUUAAAAACACAAAGACAUUUUGCAGAAGUUAAAUUAAGAACCAGUUUGACCGGUUGUGCAUUUAUACAUGCACAUACACUUUUCGUGCUUGUGCUGUUCAAACAAUUGCUGCAUAUAAGAUUCGGAAAUGCUGGAACGAAGAAUAAAUGUUCAGGAAUUAUCUUUUUACCUUGCUCAAUAUGUGGAAAUUUAUUUUCUCAGGUGUACAAUUUCAUUUGCAAGCAAUUGUUCAGCUUUUGUGUUAUUGAGAUUUAUGGCUUUCCAGAGAAUUUUAAUUUAUCAUGCUUCAAAAGCUCUUUGACACUUUGCACAAGUUUUCGUCGUCUGCUUCCUCAAAUGAAACUCACAAAAACAAAGUUAUUGAUUCGUGUAGAGAAUUGUCAAUUGACGUGA